AUGGGCGUCGACUCGGCGCCGCUCGUGGCCAUGCCGCCCGCGUCGUGGGCGCACGAGCCCGUGUUUCGAACGAAAGGAGAUCUGCUGCAGGCGAGAUGCAAAGAGAAACUCCGCUUGGCAUCAGCAUUUGCCACGGAGAACGGCGGGGUCAAAGCUCCAAGCCAUGGCCGGCGUUAUGUUAUGAGUGGCGCGAUGCACCCACGUCCGCAACGCGAGGAGAUUUCAGCGGUUGAGAGGGCCCAAGUCGACCACAUUGUAUUUGACGACGAAGACGACGACCGUGAACCGACCAAGACGCGGACCGAGCUGAGGCUCAGUCGUCGGCAGGGCGAUCUGAUGCAGCUCCAAUCGGCCUACCGAAAUGCCCCCAGCAACAACAAUCUCGAAGGGGUGGAAAAACAACCCGCGAAAUUGUCUAAAGCUGAAAAGGCGCAGAUGCAGAAGGAGCGCUGUGGGCGCACUCGCACCAGUAUUCUCGUCGAGCGAGCACAAGAACGAGUGAAGAUCAACCAGAUCUACCAAGCCCUUCUGGCACAGGACCCUGCUGUCAGCGACAUGGAUCGUCGAACGGCGGCCUCGGAGUGGUGGAAGCGGGAGCCAGGAUACGUGGAAGACCCGUCGGCAAUGCUGGCAGCAUCGCAUCGGUUGCGUAAGAGCACUAGCCAAGGGCUUAAAUUCGACGGCAGCAAGUCGAGGACUGUCACGGUCGAGGACCUCAUGGACAAGCGCUCCAAGGCAAGCGAGUUUCCAGACAAAAUCACGCAGACGCCGUAUCGACCUUCCACCGCCGGCGCACGCGUGCGGCGCAAUGUCAAGUGGACGAAUGCCAUCAUUCAGUUUUCGAAACACUCGACAGAAAACACAGAACUGAUGGACAAGUACGAUCUGAAGUUCAAGGGGCCGCUCGACAGUAGCUUUACCAAGGACAGGUUAUUCCGGGAGGACCGUAUCAAGGGGAUGCCACAGCGGGUGCCAACGCCACCGGUCGAUCCCUAUGCCAUCGACAAGUCCGUCAAGGCAACCAAGAAACUCUUGGCCGAGGCUGCAUCGAAGCGAAUGGCACUGAAUGCCCGCAAGGCAGAGAAAAGCGACCCCACCGCAAAAGUUGAGGCUCAAGUGCUGCCGCCCACGUACUCAAAAGCCGUAUACUCGACACCGUCCCCGACUCACCUCAGCACGAACGCGCCUCUGCAUGUUCGCGCGAGUGGAUUCCAACACAUCGACGUCGAUCGGAUACUUCGCUUGAACGUCAAUGCUCCGGUCGACUUGGCAGUUAAACAUGGCAUAAGUUAG